AUGGAUAUCCAUUCCCUAUUGAAUAAUAACGAAGAAACUCAACAACUUUACGGUCCAACGAGUCCAACUCCAAGUACUUCAAGCGAAUGUACGGAUUCAGAACAGAUCAUUGAUAACGACCGGCCAUAUGAGUGCAAUUGGCCAGCCUGUGGUAAAGCAUUCUCAAGACGUUCAGACCUUGCUCGACACCGAAGGAUUCAUACGGGUGAACGUCCAUAUCGUUGUGAAUGGGUCGGAUGUGGUAAGCAAUUCAUUCAACGAUCCGCAUUGACCGUUCAUUAUCGUACCCACACAGGAGAACGCCCUCACAUUUGUGAAUAUAUUAAUUGUGGCAAAUCUUUUAGUGAUGUAAGUUCAACAGAUCAUUUAGCGAUUUCGUUGUCGUCGACAUGCAACCGUAAUUAUACUGGGCUUCCAAGUCCACCUAGCCCACCUUCACCUACAGACUGCUCUACAGAUUGUUUUAAACAACAAAUUGAAAUGGUAACAGUUGAUCAUCAUCAGUCAUAUCAACAAUCAGGCUAUUCAACGAUGUUGAAUCUUCCAGCAAUUAGUUGUCUAUAUUUGCCACAGCCUAUUGAUUCCACAAUGUUAACGUCCACUACACGCAUCACUGCUUUUAAACCGGUUAAACCGGUAGUGAAAGAAAUAAAUGAUCCUUAUAAAUAUGGGUAUCCAUCUCCUGUGGAAGCUCCUAAUGAUGUUUACUAUACCGCCACAAUGCCUCCUCAUUAUGAGGUAAAAAAUCGAGAUUCUUAA